GGAAAGUAUGUAGACAUUCUUUUGAUAACUAAAUAAUAAUAUAAAAUAGCUUUCUUAGAGCGAAACUCAUGUUCUUUCGAAUACGUUUAUUGAUCGUGUCAAUAACGAUACCAAAAAAAAAAAAAAAAAAAAAAAAUUGAAACUUUUUUUUAUAAGUAAUUUUAUUAUAACUGAAGUAUUAGUCAAGAAAGAAAACUAGAAAAAAAAAAACGACAGAAAAAUGUAUUAUUAUUGUUCUUAGCCAUCUCAUAUAAAUUAAAUAAAUAAACACUUCUUUUCAUUUUGAAAUUACAGACAAAUGAAGAGCGUAUUGAUGUACCGCAAGAAAAAAAUAUUUUAUUUUUCUAAUAUAUUUAAAUUUUUAUCGAGUGAUGCGAAACCAUUUAAGUAUGUUAUCCUUUGAAUUUAAUCUUUCUACCUAUGUAAUAUUUUACUAUGAACCUUUUAAUCGUCUAUUCUAUAUAAAAUUUAUAGAAAUGGUAACGCAGGAAUUUUCAAACUUCCAAACGUUCUUAUUCAACUUUUGCUAUAGAACUUUUUUAUAGAAAAAUGAAAAAACUGUUCAUACACAUUUCUAGUAUUCGUAAAACUUAACUAAAAUCGCAUGAGAACACCUAAGAUUUUGUAUUCUUUUGUAUUAAUAAUCGUUUAAUGCAAAUUUUUAUAUGUUAUUCUAAUUUUUAUUUAAAUCAACUACAAUUUAGUUUUGAAAUAUGUACGAAUCUGUUCUUAUUUUGUAAAAAUGGGUUAGAUAUAAUAUAGUGAAGAAAGAUCUGCUAUGACAGCAUGUAGAAGCUCAUUUUAUCCACCCAUCUUGUACAGAUGCGCAGAAAAAUAAUGAAAAGGCAAAAUAGUCUCUUAUUAACACUAAGGAAUUUUAAAGUUUUGACAAGAUUAUUUUUCCUUUUAUAUUCUAAUAGUACUUAGUGAACCAUUUCAUUGAUCUAAUUCAUCUGAAUACCGUUUAAUAGUAUUAAUUCACUAGUCUGACUACUUUUAUCAUAUAGCAUCAUCAGAUAAACACAUAGAAAAUAAAUAUUGUACACUUGAAGUUUUUCAGAAUCAGACUUUUUUCUAAUUUGAAAAAUUGGCUACAAAAACAAGUUUACCGAAUAAAGUUGUUGUAAAUGUAAACAUUUUUGUUUUUUACUAAAUUUGAGAUCAAAAUCUUAGCUUAUGAGAAAACGUAAAUAACUCACAGAUUAAAAUAUGUAAAUUUUUCAAAUUCAAAGGUAUUCAAUUCAUUCAAAUAUUCAGUCGCGAAAAAUAUUUCAUGUGCAAUCAGUGACGUUUUAUGAUGAAAACAAAUUUUUUUUUAAUAUAAAAUUAGAAUCGAUUUGCUGUACUGAUGUGUCAGAUGUCUUUUCUAGCUAUUUUAUUUUGACAUGUAUAUAACUUAUGUUAUUGUGUUUAUUUUUUUAUACAAUUUAUUGCCGAACUGAUGCAAUAGUUAUUUUAAUCCGCUUAAUCAGUUCAUUUUUGUGUCUAUGUAAUACACACUCAAUUAAACUUGAGCUGUGAUUCUCAGAACAAUUCACAUUUUUUUCUUCUUCUUCUUCUUCUUCUUCUUCUGAUUUAUUCAUUUUGUAACUGAUACAUAAACUAAUAAAUACACUUUUUUAUUCUAGCUUUUUCUUUUUUAGCAUACUCCUAAAAAAUAUACAACUCCUUUUUUUUACCUUCCUCUAUGACGAUUACUUUUAAGCUGAUUUAUUUUAUUCAAAUGUAGCGCGUCCAUCAGUUUGAUUUUGUAUUAGCGUCAAUUUACUCCUAUAUACUAAAACCGCAUUAUAAUAUCUCAUUUAUUUUUUUAUUCGGAUGAUGUGGCUUUCUUGAGUUAUAAAUAUGUUCUACAACUACAAAAAUAUAAGAAGAAAAAAAGGUUAUUCAAAUUCAACAAAACUUGAACAAAUAAAAUUUGUUAAUCACUUAAACGCUAUGUAAUAUCAGUUUGUUACUCGCCAUAAAUAUAAAAAAACGCCACUCAAAAAAUACAAUCCUUCGAAUAUGAAAGAAAGGAGAAAAUAGAAAGAAGAGAAAACGUGUUUUAGUUAAUUUUUCUUUUUUUAGUAAAGAGAUGCCAAUAGGGUUCUUUUUUUUUUUUUUCUUUAAUAUUUUAUUUCUAGAGUAGUUUAGAUGUUAAUGUUGGAUGCUUAUCCAACGACCACUUAUAAUGCACAUCUUCUAAAUUAAAACAUUAUUGACGUGUGAGUAUGAUGACUUUUAUAUUUUAAACAUGUUAAGAAAUCUUUUUUUUUUUUUUUUUUGUGAUAUUUCUAUAUCACAAUUGAGAAAAAAAUUUUUAUAUUAGAAAAAGUGAAAAGUUAAUUAAUUUGGAUAAUAAUAACUCAUAAAUUAUAUGAUCGAACAAAUAAUAGAUCUUUUAGAGUAUAUGUUUUAUUCUCGUAUUUUAGGUAAUAAUCAUGACAACAAGAAAUACUGAACAAUUUGAUUCAAUUAACUAUCGGAUACCCCCAUCUUCUGUAGGAGGAACAGAAAAACAUCGUAGUCUAAGUGAAAGAAUCCGAGAUUUAUUUAAAACAUCUCAAUCUGAUGUACGUGUUGAUAACACAUCGUCAUCAACAUCAUUGAAUAAAAAACGAAAAAAUCCAUCCUCAUUACCACCACCAUCAUCAUCAUCACAGAAUAUCAAUCAGACUAAUCCGCCACAAUUGAAAGUGCCAACAAUGAAUUGGCCAUUUAAACAAAAUAAGAAUAAAAAAAAUAAAAAACCAAAUAAACGAACAAAACAGAAACAACAAGAUAUUAUUGAAAUAUCGAGUCCAAUUAAUGUUGAACAUUAUCAACAUCCACAAGGUGCAUAUACUGGUAAUAAUUCAUUGUCAAAAAUUUAUGGACAAACAUAUAUACAAAAUAGUCCAGAUUUACAAACAAGAAUACAAGAUAAUAAUUCGACAAAUAUAUAUAGAGGAUACGCGGAACUCGAUAAUACACAUAAUGAUACCCAUAAAAAGUUAACACAUUCUGAUGUUGAAAUAACUACACAACCAAUUGAUUUACCUUAUCGUCAAUCAAAAUUCAGAGAGUAUGAGAUAUCACAACCAACACGAACAGUACCGUACGGUUCAGACAGUUCAAUUUAUCGAAAAAAUAUUGAGGUCGAAAAACCUCGUUCAUUCGACACAAGUAUCAACCACAUUUACAAAGUAUCUCAUUUAGAGAAUCAAUCGCCAACAUUUCGUGGAUCCCAUCAACCAGGUACCAACUCUGUUAAAUAUUACGAUAGUGGUCCGAGAAUAUCGUCAGAGUAUAAUGUACCAAUACCGACGUAUGAUAAUAGCGUCGCAUUUAAAGGAUCAGCACGAUCAUCUCCAAUUAUUAUAUCUGAUACUGAAGUUAUACCGUCGCCAUUAAACACACCUACACUUUCAGGUGGAAGAAGAAGAGUGGUUGAAAAUGGUUAUAGCCAAUUACAACAAAUCGAUCGUGAUGUUAGAAUAAAUGAUCCAACGUUGGGUAGAGGCUACGGCGGCAUAGGUGCUCUAGUAAUGAAAAAACCAGUCGAUUGGAAAAGUACGUCUGUUGAUCAACCUAUUAAACGUACUGAUUUAGAUAUGAGAUCAACAUCGUCAUCCGUUGACGCCGAUGUACCAAAACUAGUACCACCCACACUUGCAUUAGGACGACAAAAAAAGGAAAAACGAGAUAAAUCAAAUAGCACGAGAGAUAAAACGUCAUCAAUGACUACGAUACAAAGUAUAGUUAACAAAAAUAUUCAUCCAUCUAUCUAUGGGUCAUUGCCCGAUGCAGAAAUCCUGUCAAGUAUUGAAAAUAAUCGACCUGCAAGAUACACAGUUCCACAAUAUAUUCCAGAUACGAGACCACAGACUACAGAUCAUUACGGUGGUCUCGAAGCAAUCGUUCAACAUCAUUUUAGCCGUGCAUCCUUAAAACAAGAGCCCAAACCACGCGAGAUAGUAGUUGAUCGUUAUGAAGUUAUGACCACUACUGCAGCCAACUAUGGCUCAUCGCCAACAUUAGUUAAGAAAACACAUUCACCUCAAAGAUAUACAACAUCGACCGAGAUGCUUGAUGGAUCAUAUUAUCAACAUCGUAUACAAACACCACCAUUAUCCGUAUCACCUGAUAUUAGUAUUACUAGAAAAAAAAUAAAAGAUUUGGAUAAUAGAACAUUGUCGGAUAAAUUCUAUUAUACUGAUCCUUACAUUCAAAAACCAAAACAAGAAACCGAUCGUUAUUCACCAGAAAUGUAUCGAACAACAAAAAUCAUUGAUAUAAAAGAUAAGCAUAUUCCACGAAUCGAUGAUGAGUAUGAUUAUGUGAAACACAAAUACGAGUAUGAAAAAACGGAUCCUUAUUCGUACAAUUAUCGAAGACCCGAUGAAACAAAAACAUGGAAAUUAUUAAAUACUGACAACAGUGAUAAACGUCUGAAUCUGUACGAAACAGAUGUAACAGAUGACAUAAAUAUAUAUCGAGAACCCUAUGUUAAUAUGAAUUUUCAAAAAAUAAAUGAUAGAGUUGAUACAAUGGAACGUGUACCGGAUAUUGUUUAUCAAGAUGAUCACUAUAGAAGUAUCGAUCAACGAUAUAAAGGUGUUAAUGAAAUUGAAAAUCGUUAUAGUCCUAGACAAAAAGAAGUACAGGCAGAAGAUGAUAAAACUUAUACGGAACGUUACGAAGUGACAUAUGAAAUUGAUAAUGGUGUUAUACACUACGGUAAACCGAAUCAAAAGGAGAGUAAUGUGCAUGAUUAUCGAUUAAAAACGGGUUCAUACAAUAAAAUAAAUGAUAAACAUUAUAAACGCCCUGCUUUAACAGAUUUACAUCCUUUACAAACUUUAGACUAUAAUUCCAGUGUUAACGAAGAUAAAUAUCGACUUGAUGGAAAAAUUAGUUCUGUGGAUAAUGUUGAAAAGAAUUUAUCUCCUGUACAACUGAAUAAACCGCGACACUAUACAUUGAAACGUACAAAAUCAUAUGAUGGACUUGGUAUUUAUAUAUCGGCCGACUCUCAAACAUGUUUAAAUCAUUUUAUUAAAGAGGUUGAACCAAAAUCGCCGGGUGAAAGAGCUGGAUUAAAAAAAAAUGAUCGUAUUAUUAGUGUUAAUGGUGUUGCAGUGGAAAACGUCGAUUUUACUGAUGUUCUUCUAUUAAUUAAACAAGGACUAAGGGACGAUAAUUUAAAACUUACUGUUGUUCAUACAAACACUAAUUUAUUAUCUUAG